AUGACGAAACUAGUCCAUAAUGUCCAGAAAAAACAACAUCGUGAGCGUUCGCAGGUAAGCGAGCGUUCCAGGUUUGGUUUUCUGGAGAAGCACAAAGAUUAUGUGAAACGUGCGCAGGAUUUCCACCGUAAGCAAUCUACACUGAAAAUUCUACGGUCUAAGGCUCAGCAGCGUAACCCAGAUGAAUAUUAUCAUGCUAUGCACUCGAAUAACACCGAUGAACGUGGUCUUCGUAUACAAUCGCGUCACGCAACUGAUACGCCCUCAUCCCUAUCAACAGAGCAGGUGAAAUUACUGAAGACACAAGAUUCCAACUACAUCCGCACUGUGAGACAGGUUGAAAUCAAGAAGGCCCAAAAAUUAACUAAUGAGGUUGCUUUCAAACAUACAGGAAAACAUACAAUUUUUGUUGAGGACCGACCUUCCAUGACUGAAUUCAACCCCGACCAAUAUUUCAAUACUCCUUCUGCCCUGUUAUCGAGGACGGAAAACAGACUAACGAACCAGCAACUUGCGGAAGUCCGGUUAGCUGACGCUGAAGAAGUCAUGCCCCCUUCCUCCCUACACAAGAAAAAGGCCAAGAAGUUAAAAAUCGUAGCGUCUCACCUAAAACGUGAACAAGAGCUCCAUAAAAUACAACACUAUAUGGACAGACAACGGGAACUAAUGAAAAAGGGAUCAAAAAAGAAACUUAUAGAUAAUUCUGGUAAUGUAACAUACAAGUGGAAGAAGCAGCGGAAGCGCUAG